AGAAAAGAGGAGCUGCAUCAUACUGCACACGAGAAAGAGCAAACGAGAUUUCCUUGAUUGGCGUUUCCAACAUCUAGUCAAACCCGGCGCGCCAUACGGAGCCUACAGGCCACGAUUCGGCGCCAUCAACUACGCUUCUCUCUUGGUCAAGGUAGAUCAGCGGGGGCCGAGAAUCCCGUAGCUCCGUGCCCGGCUAUUAGAGACCCACACGCUAUCAGAGGGACCCGCCAUUCCCGGAGACUCGGAGGCCAGAGAGUGCGAGUUGAAGGAAUUUCGGUGCUAUCAAAGCAUUCUUUUUGAACAGGGCUUGUCUCUCCGUUACACGAAAUGUUUGUAGCCCUACCUCUAGGGCUUGUGUACAUAAGGGAUCGUCGAUUUCACACUUAUUAUGCUGUAUAUCGAUCCCUCCUCUUUUCGCCGUAUUAAUUCAAAUAAUUGGCCUGUCGCAGCAUCAAUACACGACCGUAUCAGAGUGCCGGUACUAUGGCGACCCUCGCCCAACCUUCCACUAGGAAGACACCUCCUCAAGCUCCCACCAGGCGCAAGUCCCCGCCAGCCUUGUCCGCGGCCGAUAUCUCCAAGUCCAAGGCGCCCACCAGCCGCACCUACCGAAAGGGCGAACGCAUCGAUGGCUGGGAAGUCGGCACUGACCCCAAAGUCAGUACCUCAAAUGAGUUCGAAUUCGGUGGCAGCCUUGGCGUGUCGUGCUUGAUGAUAGGUUUUCCCCUGCUUAUGUGGUAUAUGUGGAUUGGCGCCACUUACUAUGCUGGAAAGCUGCCUCUGCCUAAGGAGGACCAAAGCUGGGGCGAGUUUGGCAGACAUUUAGUUGAACUCAUCUACACCGGUGCUUACCCUUCUCUCCGCGCUUGGCGUAUCUACUGGACUUUCUUUAUCUUCGAAGCUAUCUGCUACUGUGCCCUGCCGGGCGUUUGGGCCUGGGGGAAGCCUCUACCUCAUGAGAAUGGAAAGCAGCUGAAGUACUUGUGCAACUGCUACGUCAGCUUCCACUUUACAAUUGUCGUUCUGGCCGCCCUCCACUUUAGUGGUCUCUUUCCGCUCUAUACUUUUAUCGAUGAGUUUGGCCCUCUGAUGUCGGUGGCUAUCCUUAGCGGUUUCCUUGUGGCCUUUGUUGCAUACUUCUCUGCUCUUUGGAGAGGCGCCCAGCAUCGUAUGACAGGGUAUCCUAUCUAUGAUUUCUUUCUUGGCGCCGAGCUGAACCCUCGCAUGUUUGGUAUCCUGGACUUUAAGAUGUUCUUUAUGGUCCGAAUCCCAUGGUUUAUUCUCUUCGGUCUGAGCUGCGCCACCGCAGCGCGUCAGUACGAGAGGUAUGGAUACAUCUCAGCCGAGGCGCUUUUCUUAGUUGUAGCGCACUAUCUCUAUGCAAACGCGUGUGCCAAGGGCGAGCAACUCAUCAUUUCGAGUUGGGAUAUCUAUUACGAGAAAUGGGGCUUUAUGCUCAUCUUCUGGAAUCUUGCUGGUGUCCCCAUGUCGUACUGUCACUGUGCUCUCUUCCUAGCUAACCACCACCCAUCCGAGUAUAAGUGGAACCCUAUUACGCUCGCGGCCUUUUAUGUCCUGUACUUUUUCGUAUAUUGGGUCUGGGAUACGACGAAUAGCCAGAAGAAUGGCUUCCGCGCCCAGGAGCGCAACCAGCUUGUUAAUCGCAAGACCUUUCCCCAGCUUCCGUGGCAGACAGUUAAGAACCCCAAGACCAUUACCUCUUCUAAGGGGGAUGUGAUUAUGGUUGAUGGCUGGCUUGGCUAUGCCCGCAAGAUCCACUAUUCUUGCGACAUCUUUUUCGCCCUCUCCUGGGGCCUGAUUACGGGCUUCAAAAGCCCCUUCCCUUGGUUCUACUCCGUCUUUUUUACUAUCAUGGCCAUCCACCGCGCCAACCGCGACGCCCGCCGCUGCCGUGAGAAGUAUGGCGAGGCUUGGGCCCAAUACGAGCACGAGGUUCCCUACCUUUAUAUCCCUUACGUUAUCUAGGAGCUGGAACCCUUGAAAUCACCCCUGUAUUUGCGCUGUUGCAUGCCAUAGUCCUUGGCUGCAUCUGUGUAUGCCCUGCUUUUGCCUAUGGUUUUGCUUUUAUAGUAGGAUUUCUAUAUUAUCUUUUAGAUAUAGUAGACGAAAAUACCUAAUUACCUAUUAAACCCUAACUUAUAAAAUAAGUAAAGAAAAACUUAUUUAUUAAGAGAGCGAC